CAUCGGCAUAAAGAGUUUCUGCUUCGACUAGAUAAGCAAUAUCAAUAUCAAGUAUACGCCUCUUUGGUGGGCAUGCCGCAGUCAGAGUUAAGCGAUUAAAGUUAUAACAAUAAUCAGAUAGCCAAGUUCAAAACAAAACGCAAUGUUAUUGAGUGUCGUCAGUCACAGAGCCAGCAUGUCGGAGGCAGCAGAAAAUGGCAGCAGUGCGGCAGCAACUGAGGCACCAGCCGCCGAGCUGGCCGAGUUGGCGCUGGAGGAGACACCAAAGGUGACAUUCUCGGAUCAGUUCAAGGCCUUCUCGAAAUUCGGUGAUACCAAGUCCGAUGGCAAACUGAUAACGCUGUCGCAGAGCGAUAAGUGGAUGAAGCAGGCGAAAGUGAUCGAUAAACAGAUCACAACCACCGACACUGGCAUUCACUUUAAGAAGUUUAAGGCCAUGAAGAUUUCGCUGCCGGACUACAACAAAUUCCUCGACGAUUUGGCCAAGACGAAAAAGGUUGAGCUGGCGACGAUCAAGUCGAAGAUGGCGGGUUGUGGUGCUCCAGGCGUGAUUUCCGCUUCGGCUGGCAAGGCUGCUGCUACUGUGGAUCGGUUGACGGACACCAGCAAGUACACCGGCUCCCAUAAGGAGCGCUUUGAUGCCACUGGCAAAGGUAAAGGCAUCGCCGGACGUCGGAAUCUGGUCGAUGAUUCGGGCUAUGUUAGCGGCUAUCAGCACAAGGAUACCUACGAUGGUGCCCAAAAGUAAUUCCUUCAAUUGUCCUGUCCCACUGCUUCCCAGUGUUUUUCUGUGUGUCUCAUCUACUUCAGAUCUUUUAGCUAAUUUAUUAUGUGUUUUUAAUGGUAGCACCAGUUAUUUUCCUCUAUGUUUCAUUUCCCUUGCUAUCUAAUCUAAGUUGUGCUUAAGUGAUUUACUUUAAAAAUAAAUUAAUAAUAUUACAAAA